CACGUUACAGCCAUAUUCUUACAGCUAUUGUAGAAUGGCUUUAAAGUUAGGAAUCUAACAAUAAGGACUAAUAACCACUAACCGCUCACUGAUCAGCUGUUUUCUGAACGCAGCCAAUAUUGUAUUUAGGAAAAGAAUAGUUGUAGUUGAUGUUAUUUUUACUAAGAAAAAGAGAAACUUCAUUUUUCGUAGGCAUCAUGUCUAAAUAUUCGUACAGUAUGACAAUACAACAUGCUUGACAAGUUGAUAAUUGUUUAGUAAACGUCCAAGAGUGCAUAAAUUUUCAAGAUAUAAAACGUAGCUUAGGUUAUUUUGGAAUAUUGCUUCGCAUCCCCAUACAUAUCGUGAACGCUGAAGUGAAAGUACAAUAAUUUAAUGAUAUAACAGAUGCAGGCUACUUGACUUCUUGCAUUCGACGACUAUAUUCUUAAUAGCAAUGAAUUCGUCGGAAGGCAACAAGUACAUUUACCAUUUGCCGUUUUUAGAACGAUCGGAGCUUUGCAAAAUAUUGAACCAAAAUGACAAGUGGGAAGAACUAGCUGGUACUUGGAUGAAGUACGAUGUCUUGACAAUACAGAACCUACGAAGAGAAAAGAAUCCUACUGAUGAACUUCUGACACUAUGGGGUCACUACAAUCAUACUAUAACGGAACUGUUUGUUCUACUGGCCAGAAUGCAGCACUAUCAAUCAAUGGUUCCUCUUUUGCCUUUUGUGGAUCAAAAAUUUCAUCAGCUUUUGCACAAUGGAGAGGGUAAUUUGCAGAGAAUGCUGCGGAAACAGCAGACCAACAGGAACACGAAAGAUUUAAAGAUUGGAGCACAGAAUUUUAACGAAUACGCCCAGCCACAGCCAAACAUUCCAAAAGUUGUCGCUAAUGAAAAGGAGCAUUGUAAAAUAUUAAAUCAACCAAUGGCGCAGUUGGCUAUCAAUCGCAGCGACUCUAAUAAUUUGCUUGUGGCUUCACCGGUGGUAGCAGCAGCUCGUGCUUUUUCACCGUCUCGACAGAAUACUGGCAGUAAUGACAAGAAGAUGAAUGAGUCACCAUUACCAAAAACAGAAGCCACUCUGCCUCGUGUGACUUAUAGUGAAUUAGGUAUUGCCACAAAUGGAUGGAACAAGUAUAAUAUAUUAGGCAAAGGCGGAUUUGGAACAGUGUAUAGAGGUACUUGGAAAAACACUGAUGUGGCAAUAAAGAGGAUCGAACGGAAAGGACGGAAUGGUUCCGAAAGAGAAAGAGAGGGUUACAUGGUGCAGCUGCAACAAUCUCUCAUAGAAAUAAAAAUUUUAGAUUCUCGUGCUCAUGAAAACAUCUUACCUUUAUACGCAUAUAGUUUCGGCGGCGACGCGCCGUGCUUGGUCUACCAGUUGAUGAGAAACGGAUCUUUGGAGGAUAGACUACUAGUAAGAGAGAAGACCAAACCGCUUACAUGGAUACAGAGGCAUGAGAUCGCCAAAGGUACAGCGCGUGGAUUGCAAUACUUACACACCAUCGGUGAGAAACCUUUGAUUCACGGUGACAUUAAAAGCGCUAAUAUUUUGUUGGACAAAAAUUUUGAACCAAAGAUUGGUGAUUUUGGCUUGGCACGAGAGGGUCCUGAGAACGAUAGCGACAGCGAUAUGCAGGUCAGCAGAAUCAAUGGGACACGACCGUAUUUACCCGAAGAUUUUUUAUUUGAUAAGAAGUUAUCAACGAAAAUAGACACAUAUAGCUAUGGAAUAGUGUUAUUCGAAAUAGCGACGGGUCUUCGGGCUUAUGAUGAUUCGCGUCCUGAGAACAAAUAUCUACGAGAUUUCAUUUUCUCUUGGGAAGACAAAGAUCUUUCUCUUCUAAUAGAUAAAAAAGCCGGUGGAAAGGAUAGUCAGGUUUAUGGAAAUUUAAUAGUAUUAGGAAAAUGGUGUGCUCAGCGAUACGCACAAGAUCGACCGGAAAUGGAACUUGUUUUCCGAAAAUUGAAUGAUUUAUAAGUUUUCACAAUCAUAUGGUGCAUCACGUCUCUUUGAAAGGAUUGACUAUAUACAACUUCCAAGUUUGAAUUACAAUUGCGGGAUCAGAUAAGAGGAGCAUUGAAGCAUGUAAUAUAUUAAGCCACAAGUGCAAUUAAUUGAAAAAGAAACAAAUUUUGUAAUAUAUAAUAUGUAUGUAUAUAUACUAAAAUAUACUAAAAGAAAAUAUUAAAAGAGA